AAAAAAGUCAGGAUAUUGUGUCCUCUACAUCUCCCCGUCUGUGCUGCUGAAAUAUCUCUCCCAGUGAAGAGUUCUUUACACCUACUUCAUCCAUCAUUCACUCUUCCUUCUUCUUGUUCUCGGCCCUUCUUUCCAUCUUCUAUAAUCCCUGUUCGGGGGGCCCUUUCCUACGCCGUAGCGCCAAAACACAAUCACCGAAAGCUGUCGGGCUGUUGCUCAGCAGCCAGUGAUUCCGCCAACAUGUUUAUGCUUCGCAGUGUGAGCAAGUUGUUCUUUGGAGAUACUUCCAAGGAAUCAAUUAUCGACAUCCCCCAGGGCCAGCUUUACCUGGUCCGCCCGCUUUCACCCAAAGGCUAUUCCGAGCUCAUUUUCAAAGACGCCGCUGCCUCUAUCCGACGAACCGGCCAGGAAUUCCAGUACCAACUCGUUAUUCAAAGGGCUUACGAGGAAGGCGAGGAGGAGCUUGCCGAUGACGAAGACGGCGAAGGUGUUGCUGACAGUUUAGACAAAGACGAGAAAAUUUUCCUCCUUGAUCAAACUCUCCAUUUUCGUUCCGAACUCCGCGAAGGAGGCUCAAAAAUCCUGGCUUGGAGAGAUCUGAGUGGCGACGUGGGUGAUCUUUUUGAAUUCAUUUGCGACCCCUCCGUUCCGUCGGAAAAAGUCGCCACCUUCGAGCUAGCUGCUGUUCAGUGUCAAUACGAGCGCAAGUAUCGUCGAAGCGCCCAGAAAGCGACACAGGAAGAGCUCCAGCAAUUUUCCUUUGAGGAAGAGCAGCCAAUUCCCUCCGCAAGCCCUAUCGCAUCUCCAACCAAGUCUUGCACGCACUCGUUAGCAUCUGGAGAUUCCACCAUGGCCAGGGAUGCUGAAUAUACCCGGUCUAAGAAGCAGCUCAAGUCUGCUGGUGGAGAUGAGCCUACUGUCGCUCCGCCCUCUGCAAGCCACCCAGAAGCUAGGGAAAUUCUCGCCCAGCAAAAGGCAGAGUUACACCUUUUCGAUUUCCCUACCGGGAGCUUCGUUCUCCAGGAUGCCAAUGUGACUGCCACAGUAUCAGAAGUAGGCGAUUGGCAAUAUUGGCUCCAGAUCAGCGGCGAGGAUAAGGACUGGCUGGGCCAGGCUGUAGUUGCGGAUAUUAAUCCAGUCUUCAACUUCGAAUAUCUUUCAUUUAUCUUCAAUCACUACGGUGAAGACGGCUCCGCUUAUUCUUGGCUUCUGCGUUUCAAGGAUCAGGUCACUGAAGAGAAGUUCCAGGAGGGUCUAUUGCAGGCUCUAUGGGAACAGCUUAAUGAAACGAAGUGGAACAAAGUCAAAGAUAAUGAUAAGGAGUAUGUCAUGGACGCAUUCCAGGAUCUGGCUAUUGAAGAUGCAGAUCAACAGGAAGCCGAAGCCGAAGCCGAAGCUGAAGAGGAGGAGGAGGAGGAGGACGACGGACAGCGCAGUGAGCACUACGACUCCGAUGAAGAGCAAGAUGAUGUUUCAAAACGGGAAAACGACGGAAAUGUCAACUCUCAGCUUGCUGUCGGCUACAAACACGACCGCUCAUUCGUGGUCCGUGGCUCUAAAAUCGGUGUCUUCAAGCAUACUCCAGAAAAUAACCUUGAGUUUUCAACGAAUAUUUCCAAAGUAGAAACUCCCGAUGGCAAGCUUUUCAGUCCCAAGAAGGUCAUGUUGCAUGCCGAAGACACGAAUAUGAUUCUUCAAAAUGGCGACAACCCUAACUCCCUUUACCGAAUGGAUUUGGAGUAUGGUAAAAUUAUCGAUGAAUGGAAGAUUCAUGAUGACAUCCCAGUGCAGACGUUCGCGCCAGAAAGCAAAUUCUCCCAAAUGACCUCCGCUCAGCCCUUUGUGGGAGCUUCUCACAAUGCCCUCUUCCGCAUUGAUCCUCGUGUAACUGGAAACAAGCUGGUGGACGCGGAACUAAAGCAGUAUGCUAGCAAGAACGAUUUCUCGGCUCUGGCCACCACGGAGAAAGGAUACCUUGCCGUCGCUUCAAAUAAGGGUGAUAUUCGUAUGUUCGAUCGUCUAGGUAUCAACGCAAAGACACAUAUCCCGGCAUUGGGAGAGCCUAUCAUUGGUUUGGAUGUGUCCGCUGAUGGUCGCUGGGUCCUUGCUACCUGUCGCACCUAUCUCCUUCUCAUUGACUCACUGCAGAAGGAUGGCAAGAAUGAAGGAAAGCUUGGCUUCGAACGUUCGUUCGCUAAAGACUCCAAGCCUCAGCCCCGACGUCUUGGUUUGCAGCCCGCGCAUGUUGCGCAAUUUCAACACGAAACGAAGAAACCAGUCGCGUUCACACCCGCUCGAUUCAAUACUGGUGUGGAUAGCCAGGAGACUUCUAUCAUCACGGCUACCGGACCAUACAUUGUCACUUGGAACCUGAAGAAGGUUAUUGCUGGACGCAAGGAUCCCUACACCAUUAAGCGUUACUCAGAGGAGGUCAUGGCAGAUAACUUCCGAUUUGGUUCGGAUAAGAAUGUCAUCGUCGCACUUCCCAAUGAAGUCAACAUGGUUGCAAAGAGGAGUCUUCAGAGGCCCACCCGCGAAAGCAUUGCUGGUCCAGUCACCCCAAGCCGCCGCAGUACUCGAUGGGGCAGCCGGCUGGGAAGGGAUGACAUUGUUAAUUCGCCUUACUAGAGAG